CCCCGCCGCCCGCCGCCAUGUACCUGCACCCGGAGGCUGCCCCCGCAGGGGCUCCUUCCCGCGAUGUCCUCCUCGUCUCAGCCAUCAUCACCGUCAGCCUUAGCGUCACCAUCGUCCUCUGUGGGAUCUGCCAGUGGUGCCAGCGCAAACUGGGUAAGCGUUACAAGACUUCCCUGGAGACUGUGGGGACUCCAGACUCCAGCCGAGGCCGCAGUGAGAAGAAAACCAUCAACGAUCUAGACAGAGACUUUUGGAAUAACAAUGACAACACAGUGCAGCAGAAAUGGAGCUCCUACCCUCCCAAGGAGUUUAUACUAAACAUUUCACCUUACGCCCCGUACGGUGACCCGCGCCUUUCCCUCAAUGGCUCUCUGUUAUCAGGGGCCAAGCUGACGGCAUCGGCCGCGGCGGGGUUGGCUGGGGACCGCGACGGCCGCCCUGGGGACAAGCAGCGGCUCGGCGAGGACGGCCUGAGGAGCAGCAUCUCUGCCCACAGCGAGCCCGGUGCGGGGAAGGCAGCGCGAGGCCGCUGGCACACGGUGCAGAGCCACUUGGCCGCAGGGAAGCUCAGCCUGUCCAAUUUCGAGGACUCCACCUUGUCCACAGCCACUACCCUUGAGUAUAUCCCCACCUCAGCAGGCGACCCCAAAUGCCAGAGGCCCCGCACGCUCAUGCGCCAGCAAAGUCUGCAGCAGCCCCUCAGCCAGCACCAGCGCUCCAACCACAGCCAGCCCACCACCAGCCAGAGCCUGGGCCACCUCCAGGCUCACAGCGGCUCCUCGGCCGGCACCGGCACCGGCACCGGGACCGGCACAGCCCGGGGCUCCCGCGGGGGCCAGGCGCGCCCCGGCAUCGCCGCCGGCUCCAAGCAUCCGACGGCCGGCGGCCGGAGCCGCUCCAAUCCCGGCAGCUGGGACCAUGUGGUGGGGCAGAUCCGCAACCGCGGCUUGGACAUGAAGUCCUUCCUGGAAGGCCGGAUGGUGGUGUUAUCCCUGGUUUUGGGACUCUCAGAGCAAGAUGACUUUGCCAAUAUCCCCGACCUGCAACCCGCUGGGACGCAGCCGAACCAGCCGAACGCUCAGGGGGACAAGAGGUUACCGGCCGGUGGCAAGGCGGUGACCACGACACCGGUGCCCGGGCAGCCACCGCACGAUGAGUCCGACCGCAAGACGGAGCCUCGCUCCUCCGUCUCCGACCUGGUCAACUCCCUGACCAGCGAGAUGCUCAUGCUCUCUCCGGGCUCCGAGGACGAUGAGGCCCACGAUGGCAUCAGCCGGGAGAACCUGGGCCGCAUCCAGUUCAGCGUCGGCUACAACUUCCAGGAGUCCACCCUGACCGUGAAGAUCAUGAAGGCGCAGGAGCUGCCGGCCAAGGACUUCAGCGGCACCAGUGACCCCUUUGUCAAGAUCUACCUGCUCCCUGACAAGAAGCACAAGCUGGAGACCAAGGUGAAGCGGAAGAACCUCAACCCGCAUUGGAAUGAGACCUUCCUCUUCGAAGGGUUCCCCUAUGAGAAGGUGGUGCAGCGGGUGCUGUACCUCCAGGUGCUGGACUACGACCGCUUCAGCCGCAACGACCCCAUUGGGGAGGUGUCCAUCCCCCUCAACAAGGUGGACCUCACCCAGAUGCAGACCUUCUGGAAGGACCUGAAGCCCUGCAGUGAUGGCAGCGGAAGCCGUGGGGAGCUGCUGCUGUCGCUGUGCUACAACCCCUCCGCCAACUCCAUCGUGGUGAACAUCAUCAAAGCACGGAACCUCAAAGCCAUGGACAUCGGGGGCACGUCAGACCCCUAUGUGAAGGUGUGGCUGAUGUACAAGGACAAGCGGGUGGAGAAGAAGAAGACGGUGGUGAUGAAACGGUGCCUGAACCCCGUCUUCAACGAGUCCUUCGCCUUCGACAUCCCCACGGAGCGGCUGCGCGAGACCACCAUCGUCAUCACCGUCAUGGACAAGGACAGGCUGAGCCGCAACGAUGUCAUCGGCAAGAUCUACCUGUCCUGGAAGAGCGGCCCCGGGGAGGUGAAGCACUGGAAGGACAUGAUCGCCCGUCCCCGGCAGGCAGUGGCACAGUGGCACCAGCUGAAGGCCUGAGCAUCCCCCCCCAACACCACCACCACCAAGGACUGCGGGGCCGGGGGUCCCCCCUUCCCUUCCCAGCGCCCAUCACCCCUCCUCAGGGCUCCCAGCCGGGAGGGAGCUGAGGCACCAGCAGGACAGCACCCGGCUCAUGGGGACCCUGCGGUAGGAGGGGGAUGGAGCCCUCCAGCCCCUUUGCUUUCACCUCAUCCCAGCGCUGGGGUACCCAGGACCGCCCCCCCCCGGCCUCAUCCCCAGCCUGGAGAUGGGUGCCAGACCCCCCCCAUCCCCAUCCCAUCACUGGGCAGGACUUCAAUGAGUGCUUCCAGCCCCGCUCCCUGGGAGCCCCUCUGCCCCUUCCCAGCCUCAUCCCCCCCCCCUCCCCAUUGCAGGGGGGCCAGGCAAGAGGGGUCCCCCCCUUUCCCUUCCCUUCCCCUUCCAGCUCAAUAGAACCUCUCCGAGCCGUCAGCGUCGCCUGAGCGGGGCCAUGGAGCCCCCCCCUUCCAUUGCCCAUCCUCAUCCCCACCGCCCUCCCCAAGCCCCCUGCUGGGGUGGGAUGAGG